CGAGAAUAAAAAACUCGCCAUUCUUCCUACACCUACAUGCUCACGUGCUUCCACAAGAUAGUCCUGAAGAGAAGCAAGACUACAAGUAAGAAUACGACUUGCGUCAAGGAAGCAGAAGUUCUGGGAAAUAAGUUUACAGCAUUGAGUAUUCCAAUAAAUCCAAGUCGUGUAAUAAAGUAUCCAAUACCAUCAGAGUCUACUACUAGCACAACAACAAGGACCCAAGAUGGACGGUCACGAGAUUGAAGACAUGGCCGACCUGUUCGCAGGAGGACACAGCGUGUCCUUUGCACAGCAAGGAAACGCCCUCGAAAACAACAUGAUCAAUAAAGACUUACGGCAUGCCAGUGGCACUAGACUCGUGCCAAGACCAGCUACUGCUUGUCUUUCUACUAGUACUAGUACUAGUCUACUAGUACUAGUACUACUACUAGUGAGCUUUACGCGCACGCCGUACCCAUAUCAUAUUCUUCAGAAAGUUCCACCCAGCUUUCUCUAAUUUGCGCGACGUUCGCCUUCGAAAACAACGAGUUGUUCAACGACUCGUUCGACGCGUCCCAGCAUCUCGCUGGCACGGUUUUGAAUGCGCAAAUGCAGGACGCGUUUCUGAAAAUUAUGGCCACUCGAAUUCAGUUUCAAGCUGUAGAGCACGCACUUCCGCACCCUUAUCCUUUUCCUCCUGCUCGUGCACCUCUAAUCAACAAUUCGCGUCCGGUCUCUUCAAAGCCACGAUCAUCGACGAGGACCGUCAGGAGGUGCAACUACUUACACUUGAAGUUGCAGAUCACAUGACAUAUUGAUAUCCUUAGCCAAUAUUAUCUCUAUCACUACGGUCACAUAUUGUUAUUGAUAUUCUUAUUCCUACUUCCACUACCAGAUCCUAGCAGUGGCGAAACAGACGGAGCCUCCGUACAACGUGAAAGAAACACGCAAUCUCGUUGCCAGUAUCAUUAUGGUAAGCUUUCCAUAGCCCAUUUCAAAUCCUUCCCUUAUUCGUAUUGCUAUUGGUGUCCCCACUUCUAGUUCUAUAUCUAUUAGAUAUGCCUAUCCAGUAUUCAACUCUUAUCCCCAAACAACCUCAUCCCCAAUCCCUUAGAAAAAUUGGAAAAGCCUAAAUCUUAGACUUAGAAGUCCCUCUUCUAGAAAACCUAAACCUUAUCGCCCCAUCUCCCUGUCCGUAUCAUCAUCUAACGCAUUCCUCAAGUAUCAAGAAGCAGAUAAUGACGGCUUGCCGUUCAAUUAAGGCUCUUCGCAAUUGAUUUCCAAACCCAGGGCGCAUUUUCUUAGAGUUAGAUUUCUCCUCAGACUUAGUUUCAGACUUAGUCUUAGACUUAGACUUAGAGCAUCUAAAGAAUAAGAAAUGCACCCGCAUGCGAGAAAUGGAAAUGAAUUGUUUUCGGCUCUAAUUUGAGAAGCCGCAACAAUUGGAUUCGCUGCUGGCUGGCAUGGCGCGAGAACAAUUGGAAGACAGACACUGCUCUGCUCUAUUGUACUGAUUCUGAUCGACAUACUUGUACCUGUAGGACUUGUGCUAGAACUACUAUGUAUAAUAGCAACAACAUGCGCAAGACCAUCUGCAACUACACGAAGACUAGCGUGCUUUUUGCAUCCUCCUCUAGUACUUCUAGCUCUUCCUCUACCACCGUCAUCCAGAAAGUACGCUCCUUUAUUGGAGGCUCCUGAGAAGGCUGGAAAGCCAGAUGCCCACAAGAGGGCAGAGGAUGGAUACUCAAAGCUGACGCAAGUGGUCGACAUAUACGAGAAGAGACUCAUCAAGGCACAGCCAGACUUCAAGAAAGUCGAACUGGCACACCGCGUAUUCACCAACGUGUAUCACGUUUUUGUCGUCUUUGCGUUGAAAUUUUGGGAGAGCAUCUACUUCACGAACAUCGAGGGAGCCCUUAGCUGGUACUCCUAUGUCCUAUUAGAACUGAAGUUAUAUACUAAACACUACUACAACUGGAAGUGGCAUAAACUACCCCUCCACUAAGCUAAGGCUAAAUAAUCUAAAAAAUCUAAAAGAAUCCGCUUACUAGCACUAGCAAAGCCUAGUCAGAGGCCUUCUUCCCUUUCACCUAAACAGGGUCGUGUCAAACAUCAAGAUGCUGAACAAAUUCGUUAUGGAUUGUCCACCGAAUAUCAAAACGCAAGCACAAGCAGAAAACGAAAACAAGUCGCUGAGACUCCUGGGGAACUUUUUGAAGUUUACUAUCGAAGCCCACAAGAGUAAGCCAGACAAGAGCAAAGCCCUUGAAAAGGCUCUAGACGAGGGCAGGCUGGGCCCACUAAGAUCCGUCGCGCUGGCGCCCCUUUUACCAGGUAACUUCUCCCUAGAGACUGGAGUCGAUAUUUGUUAUAUUCAUAUACACACCGUGAUGGUGAUUGUGUUAGACUUGCCCCAUCCUCAUCUUCAACCUCAUGGACAUAGACUCUAUAUUUCCUUGUCUACCUCUCGUUUGGAUUUGUUAUGUUAGACUUAGUGUUAAUCUUACUGCCUGGGUCUAAAUCUAAUUCAACAUAACAGCGUUCCUUGAAUGGGAGGGCAGAGCGAGCAAGGAAACAGCCGUGGCAGCAAUUGCCGCGGUUUGCCAAGUGCUACUGUAUCAGGUGCAUUUUGGAGUGGUGGGAAAAGUCUGCGAAAUGUUCAUUAAGAAGAAUAAACGUCGCCCUUUGUCAGCACUCAGCAACUACUUCAGCUAAGUUAUUUCAUAUACGUUGAACCGUACUCAUUCACAUUCAGCAUAGCCAUAAGGAUAAGAUAAUGAUAAGGCUUCCGAAGCGCGAAGCGCGCAGCUCUAAUCUCUACCGAGGACACCAGUACGCGCUGUCUUUGCGACGACACACGGUCAGAAAGCCGGCGGCUUCUCCUGGAAGCCAAGCCCGCGAUCCUCAGGACGAAAACGCAGCACCAUCCGCAUCCCCGCUCCCGGGGCAUGCGCAAUCUUUGCUCAAGCCUCAGCAUUUAGAUCUUGGCAACAGAACGCCGAUCUUGCCAGGCAUGACCGGACCUAUCAAUGGUACUAUAUUAGGAUUAGCACCAGCUGCGAGAUGUUGAUAUUGAUUAGAAAUGAGGUAUAAUUCUAGUGGUAGCUAAUCAUAAUAGAGUAGGAGUACUAGUACUACUAAGAGCACGAGUAACAGUUGGACUCUGGAACAUCUGCAGCUACAUCAUCUUAACCAUAACGCUUAUCUCCAUCCUAACGACUGCAGGUCAAGGCCACGGCGCAAUGACGUUGCAGUUCGUCGACCUCAGUGCCAGCGCGUGUGGAUCCAACUAUAAGCGCGCAGCAGUUGCUGGCUCCACGAACAGACAAGCGAAGCAGCCGAAGCUUGACGGCACUGCUGGUUUAGCGAUGAUUGCGGGGCAAGCUGUAUUGCAUCCUGCGCAAGAUGAUCUCAAGAGCGAAAAGCAGGUGCAGAUCAAGAAGGAGCUCGGCAGCGACGAGGAGGACCAGGAAGGAGGCGCUUCUGACUCCCCGAACGAGGAGGAAGCGUGUAUUGCUGCCUGUACCGAUGAUGAGGGCUUGUCCCGCCUUGUGAACCAAAUGCGAGUUGACAUGAAGAUCGAGCUUGGCUUCACCUUAUGGAUUGGGUAUCAAUUUCAAUACGUGCACGGAUUCAGGUCCUUGCAAAGAGAAAGACAACGACUUAGCUUUAGAUAUACCAAAGCCAAUGCUUCUGCGAGUUAGUGUUAGAUACUCGAAGUGCAAGUACUUACUUUCUUAGAAAAUUUAGAUCUUUAGAACAUUUAGAUCUUUAUAAAAUUUAGACCUUUAUAAAAUUUAGAUCUCUAUAAAAUUUAGAUCUCUAUAAAAUUUAGAUCAUUACAGAGUUUAGAUCUUUAUAAAAUUUAGAUCAUUAGAGAACUUAGUUCUUUAGAAAGUUUAGAUCUUUAGAAAGUUUAGACUUUUAGAAAGUUUAGACUUUUAGAAAAUUUAGAUUUUUAGAAAAUUUAGAUUUUUAGAAAAUUUAGAUUUUUAGAAAAUUUAGACUUUUAGAAAAUUUAGAUUUUUAGAAAGUUUAGAUUUUUAGAAAAUUUAGAUUUUUAGAAAGUUUAGAUUUUUAGAAAGUUUAUACUUUUACAAAGUUUAGAUUUUUAGAAAAUUUAGAUUUUUUAGAAAAGAUGAGCAGCUAGUAGCGAUUAGAAUUAGCGGUAGAAGAGUUUGAGUCUAAUCGCAGGGUGUGAUGGCGCAGCAAUGGAUGCGGAUGCAGUAGGUGAAAUGCUUCUUCAGAAAAACCACGCUACCACGACGCAAAAUGGAGAGAACCACAACCCGAUCGUUGGAUUUCCUGGAGUCAAGCCGAACGAAGCAGAUUCUGCGGUUGCUCGCGUUGCUGUCGGUAGCACUUUCUCUAGCAACUAUCGGUUGGUUCCGAUGAGGUCAACAAACGAUCCUGACCUCGUUGCAAAUGGGGACGCCUUCAGUUAUGGACAGAAAUAGCAGAAGUUCGCUAAGCUACCUGCGCUGGUGCUCAACCCCAAGAUCGAGCACCAGCACGAGGUGACCUCAGCGCGCGCAUCUACUUCUACAUCUACACACUGAUACUCGUACCAAUAGGAAUAGCUCGUAGUCGCAGUCCAAGUCGUAAUCCUAGUCGAAGUCCUAGUCUAGUGGACUAAUCUAAUUAAUUUAGAAAGUUUAGAUUUCUUAGAUCUAGAGUAUCUCAUCCUCUAAUCUGUGCUGCUGAAAGUCAAGGACGUGGAGGCAUGGAUGGAAAAGCAUCCUCAGGACAAAAUCACGAUGAGGCACCAGCACAUCACCUACACAACUACCUGGAAAGAAGAACGAAACCAACCUGUGUUGUUGCAAACAACAAGCAACAUCUUCUUCACAUUAGGCAACUGUGGCAAGAUCGAUAAUCCAGAGAAAGUCAGACUGUGGCUUCUCACCCAAGACAAGAUUGAACGCGCGCGACGAGAUCUAGAACAACAACGACUAAAACUCAACAAGAACGUCGAGAACCUCCGCAGCAGUCUUCACGCUAACAGCAACGAAGAUAAGAAGGACAUCCGACUCAGCACAAAGGAUGAGCCAGGCGAAGACCUCGCGACCACAUCCAAUCCCCGCAGCAGUCCGCAGGGAAGCCCCAGAGGAAUUCCGCGAAGCAGCAAGGAGGCUUCGCCGAUCCCAAAAGUUGGCAGUACUGGUGAAGCUGAGACCUGUUCCGGCUCGGACGAGAACUACCCUUUUGGUGGCGACGCAGAAGGUUUGGACGAAACCUUGGUGACUCCGCGCCCUUCCCCGUUGAUUAAGCGUUGCGAUAGAGAGAGCUUGAACCUUGAAGUUGAAGCUGAAGUAGAAAAGAAUUAGAAGUAGAGGCAGAUGAAUCUGAAGUAGAAGCUGAAGUAGAUCAGUUACUUUUAGUUUUAGGGUUACACAGCUAGAAUCUCCUUCCAUUGUACUACAGACUGGCGCUAGAAGUCCUUCUCCGACUACAUGCCAAACCCAUAUCCAUAUCCAUAAGGCUUAACGAUAUACAAUUUCAAUAACAAGUCUGCUUCUAAACCAAUUACGGAACCGGUUGUGUGGCGAGGACACGUCUACAACCCUGUGGCGAGUCGCAUCAAGUACGACAUUAUGGGCGCAGACGCCGCGAAGAAGAAGAAAGAAGCCCAAGACCAAACCGGAUUGAAGGACAACAGCAAAGGGGUACUUAGGCUUACUCGUACACGUACUCGUACUCCCAGAACAAAAAGUAAAACUGAAGCUAAAACUAUAACCCAGCGAAUGUCUUCUAUGCCUAUGUCUCACUCUACCCCCAGGUUAGUCUUAGUCCCGCCUACCAUCCCGAAAGACAUGCUUUGGAAGAAGAGAAGCAUCAUCUUAUCCCGGUGGCCUCUUCGUAUCGUAACGCAAGUGGGAACUUCUAUUACAUUUACGGCAAAGCAUUACAACAACAACAAUCAGCCACAGUCUCAGUCAUCAGUCAAUCAUCACACUGACAGUUGCAAUUCCAUUCGCAAUCGGAAUAGCAAUAAGAUUGCCAGUAGCGUUGUAAUCGUAAUCCUAUCUCAUACUAGACUAAUAGAGCUAGUGCUUGUGCUAGGACUAGCCUAGUGCUUGUAGUUGUGCACGUACUUGCACACGUGCUAGUAGAAUAGCUAUAGUAAUAGCUUUAGGUCAGUACUAUCGAAUACAGUUACACUUACAGAUAGGACUUUGAUUGCGAAUCCGAAUGCGAUUGCGAUGGUUCAUCUUCCUGUUCAUCUUCAUAUCAAUUAUCAAAAGAAAAAGCCUCCCUUCUAAAUUUUGCCACCUGAAUUGCACGAACUUUUAUCGGACGGAUUUGAUAUUGAGCUUUCUAUCCAGGAAUGGAUGCCGUAUCUGAUCUUAUGGCUAUCUCUACCUCUAGCGCGCAUAGACUUAGACAUAGAGACACACUUGGACACAGUCUAAGGACAAGGAGAGAGCCCUUCUCAACUUCUGUAGCAAUCCUCUCCUUGGUACUGGGACGUGACUGCGCCGCCUUCUAAUUUCUGGACUCGAAUUUCGCGACCAAGUUCCCUGCACGCUUUACGUACUUCUUUUUCUUCACCAACACCCGGCCACGGUCAUCAGCAACCACAUGCGCACGCACUUGUGCGUGUGCGUCUACAUCUAGGACUCCUACUCGUGCUGUAUUUGUACUAGACUACGUAGUGGCACUACCUCUACCAGUACCACUAGCGGUAGAUCUUGAUCUACAACUACAUCUACGUCUAGUGCUUCUACUUUUAGUUUUCCUUGUCAAAACCAAAGAAGCUACCAUAACACAACGCAAUCGCCACACGCAUCCGCUUCCACAACAGGCGAGACACAACAUUAUGGCACCUGGUCCCGACUGAAUGCGAAUCGUUAACAUUAGAAGACAAACUUCCUGAGAGUAAAAAGUUUAAAAAAUUUCAUUUACACUUAGAUUAGACCCUCGUUUACUUUUACUAAGACUGAGUGUAGAUGUGCACGCGACUGGGGUCGAGGUGCUGGUGUAGCAGUAGCUGUAAGUUUAGAUUUAGAAGCGCUCAGAUCCAUCCCUUCCUUCUUUGGUAUAGGUAUUCUAACCUGAUGCUCAGUAAGCUGCUGGAGGUGCGUAUUCACGAAAACGUUGUCAUUGGGAUCCCGGAGAAGAUGGGGAUGCUGGAGGCUGCUCGAAACUUAGCAAUCUUUGCGCGCACGUUGCAAUCGUGGCCGAGAGAGUAAAAUUAAUUUUACAUUUACAUUUUAAUUUUACAACGACUACAACUACAACAACAACUCGAGCUACAACAUCAAGAGCCACUAGAUGUAGAUGUAGAGCUAGCGCGUGAGCUAGCAGAUAAAUAGUCACGCUCACAGUUGCAGGAGCUAAGAUAAACUUAAGCCUUAAGCUUAAGCUUAACAAUCCACACGCACACCAUUGCCAUUCAGCGUGCUAAGCCAGCACCGCGAAGCCGACAUCCAUUUAUUCGCCAUCAAAUGGAUGUGCGUCACAGCCGCUACGCCUCUCACGUCCAAUCUGAUGCUGCAGCGGGAAAUUUGUUCGUUUUUGGCUAACGAUCCACGCCUGCAGUGUUAUGCGUCGCAUCUGCGAUUAGAUAGACUUACUUUUCGAACAGUGUCCUACUUCCUUGCUUUUGUAAAACUCCAAUGCCGACGAGAGUAAGUGCGUCAAAUUAGUCUACAAGUUCAAGCACUCUUACAGCUACAGCUACCUACACCGGGUAGAGAUUGGUCUUCAAUCAUUCUGAUUAUGUCAGUGUCGCUGAGACAGUGCCUUCGCUCCGCUUCUAACGAUUCAACCUGAGCAUGCCGUUCAAGCAGUUGGACGACUUGAGGAAUAUUAUGGCUAUCCUCAUCGCUAUCGCAGUCGUGAUCAUAAUGAUAAUCCAACUACAAUCCUCCUUAGCGUUUGACCUUUUUGCUCCUCAUCUUGUUAUCAGUAUCACGCUUUUCUUUCUAGUUCUAGUUCUUGUUCUACUGCAUAUAGAAAUAGAUAUCCUUCCACAUCUAUGUCUAUGAAAAUGGGCACUGCUCCGAAUCGCAAGCACUCUAAUCCUUCGCCGUCCGCCAGCCCGAUCGAUUGGGCAGUUUUGGCUUGGUUUCGCGACGUGUCUCAGUUAAAGAUUUCGGAAUUGGCGCAGCAUUUCAAGAAUGGUACUAGUACUUCUACUAGAACUAGAACUAGAACUGCUGUGGUUCAGCUUAUCUUUCGCCCCAGCGCUUGGCGUUCAACAUGACCCCGGCAAACACUUCGCCAACCGCAACGGCCGCGCCGUCACCGGCCGCGAGUCUUCUGCGGAUGCGCCUUGACAGCAUCACCAAGCGCGUGGCAUUAUGAUCGACAUGGAGAGCGCCGCCGCCCUUGUCCGUGUGGUACGCACCAGUGUCGCAGGCCAGUGCGAUGCGAAUGCCUGUCGGCGCCGGGCCUCGACGCCGUUGAGAAGCUCUUCGGCGCUGAAUGAAGGAGCCACGACUACGCACAUGCGUGCCAUUUCGCGGGUGUUUGCGGUAUCAAUUGGCGCCCAACGCGUCAGCCCGUGAAACUCCGAGCGACUGCCUUACUUUCUGCCAGGAAGGUCGCCCUGCUGCCUUUCAGUCUGCCUGGGGACGACGCAGCCCCAAGCGAAGUGGCUUAGCCUCCACCAGGCGGGCCUCUCCUCUGUGUCCUGUCUGUGGGUUCUUGUUGUAUAAGUAUAUGACUGGGGGAGUCGGGCUAGGGCUAGGCCAAGUGCUUAGGCUUAAUCUGGCUCCCUACUCGCGCGGCCUGCAGCGCUAUCUACAUCCUUAGCCUCUCGGUUUGAGCGUAAGCAUGUGGAAGUGGAUUCAAGUUGAAAAAAUAAAUGGAAACCGAAACGGAAACGCAGACGGCAAACCUAAACCAUCGAUCCAAAUUAACAACUAUCCUUAGGUGGCAUCGCGCAGCAGGCUGGUAAGAAGAAAACCAACGGAGGAGCCAAGGGCAAAAACGUCCAGCCAGCGUGA